AAGGUGCGCUGCUGCCGGCGGAAGUGGCGGGUGCAUGUCAUGGCUGAAGGUCUAAAUCAGUAGCCAAACUUUCGCUUCUCUCUGGAAACACAUUGAUCAUGGCGACGUUUUUCGGUGAAGUUUUGUCGGCGUAUUCUCGGGCCGUGGAGGAAGAAGAAGACGACGAGGACCUCGAAGAAAACGAAGAAGAUGAACAAAUCCGCAGAGAGCUGGAGGAGAAGAGGGAGGUUCAUCUGCACUGGAGGCCUGAAGUCUCUGAAUCGCUGAGGUCUGGAAACAAGUUGCAGUGUUCAGACUUUGUCCUCGCCGUGGGACACAACGCUGCCAGGUUUCUGUCAGUGUACGUUCUCACCUCCGCAAACUGGGACACAGUUGGACAUGCAUCAGUGUGGAACGAGAGGAGCCGGGCUGUAACCGGGCAAACCAAUGAGGAGUCGGCGUGUAUUUUCUACAGACACAAGGACAACCCAUCAGUUGUGAUAUGCCAAGUGACUUGCUACAUUGCAGAGGACCAGCUUUUUCAGUGGACAGAGAAGGUUUUUGACUGCCUGCAGCACAGAGAGCUGAAUGUGACUGUGCUGUCCGAUAGCUCUGUGGCUGAUUACAAGACAGCAGACUAUCUGUGCACCAGCUCCGCUCCCUUCCUGCGCUCUAUCCACACCGGUACCUUCAGUGGUCAGCCUGUUUGCCAGGCACUGGAGCAACCCAACAUAAUUACUGGGCUUCCAGCUGCAGUACUGAAUCACUGCCAGGUCCACCGCAUCGCCACUGUUGUUUACCAGUGUUACAGUGAUGUCAUCGGCCCUGACUCUGUCACCAUGGAGACCUACAAGCCUGCACUAACAAAGCUCGGGAAGUCCAUACAGGUGGAUUGUUCUCCAAGCACAGACAUCCUCCGCAAGUUUGUCAAAACCACCGACAUUCAGAGUAAUCUUUAUAUCUGAAAAUGGCCAUAUUGCUCACUGAGCGGUGCAAUUGAGUUCUAUUUUCCUGUGGUAAAAUACUGUCAUUUUUUAAAUAAAGAAAUUAAGUAAACACA